UGGAAUCACAGCUCUAGACUCUACUAGUGAAAGACUCAUGGUCAUGGAAAAGGAGUUGUAGUUGAUGACAAUGCAGCCAUGCCCACCAUGAACGCUUGUCUCUCACCUUCUUCGUCUCGCACUUAGAGAGAUUGAGAGAGAGUUUUGGAGAUGCCCUGCAAAUGGGGAAGAGUGAACAGCAAAACGCGCAUCGGCAGCAGAGUCGUGUGCCCGAGAGUCGUCGAGGUUCUUCGGGUCUUUUAUGUCACCGAUGUUCGGUGGCUCUUGACAGAUUUGCAAAGGAGUUCAGUUUCAAGUGCUUCUUCGUUUUGGUUCUCACCCUAUCGCUUCUGGUUUAUGGGGUCUUCUCCAUCCUUCCUUUUCAUUCAGCAAAGUAUGGAUUUGAUGCAAAAGAUGCGAUUAAGCUCAGUGCCACAGUUCAGUCAUACUUCAGACUAGAUAAGCCAGUUUCACAGCUUGUUCCACACAUUGGAAGAUUAGAGUAUGAUAUAUAUGGGGAAGUGGGUGUCCCUGAUACAAAGGUGUCCAUUUUAUCCAUGCACCAAUCUGGUGCAUCUAACUGGACUGAUGUGGUGUUUGGUGUUCUUUCUGAUCCAAUAAACGUUCCUAUAAAUCCAGUGCCCCUAAGUGUGCUGAGAUCCUCUUUAAUUGAGCUGUUCCUUCAGGAAUUAAAUCUGACUUUGACACCAUCAACUUUUGGGAAGACAUCAUCGUUUGAGAUUCUGAAGUUUCCAGGGGGAAUAACUGUAAUCCCUGUGCAAUCUGCUUCAAUUUGGCAGAUUCCCCAGAUUCUAUUUAAUUUUACUCUCAAUAAUUCCAUAUCUGAUAUGCUAGAAAAUUUCAUUGAGUUCAAGGAUCAGCUGAAGUUAGGAUUGUAUCUGACAUCUUAUGAGAAUGUGUAUGUCCAAAUAACAAACGAAGUUGGCUCCACAAUAGCUCCGCCAGUUACAGUUCAGGCUUCAGUAAUGUCAGAUUUUGGGAGCCUUCUGCCACAGAGGUUGAAGCAGUUGGCACAAAUUAUCACAGGCUCUCCAGCAAAAAAUCUUGGCCUUGAUAACACAGUCUUUGGCAAAGUUAAAGGCAUUAGUUUAUCUUCUUAUCUAAAGGGUACUCUCCAUCCUCCCUCUCCUAGUUCUUCUCCGGCUCCAUCCCCUGGGCCAAGUGAUUAUGCAGAACCAUCAAUUUCGCCAUAUCCUGCUCUUUCUCCAUCUAACUAUCCAAGAUCUUCAUCCAAUAUUAAGCAUCCCUCACCUGCCCCUUCUAUGGUACCUACACAACCUCGUCGCCCUUGUCCAUAUGAUGGUUUUGCUAAUCCUCCAAGCUCCUCACCAUCUCAAUCUAACCGCAAAUUAGCUUUACUUCCAAGCUCACCUCCCUUGGGUCCGACUUCCCAGUUGUCCACAGAUUGGUCACGUAUACCUCAAGUAUCACAUGCUUCCAGUGUAGGCAAGGACAAGGGAAGCGCAAAAGGCUUGGUGUCUCCAUCAUCUUUAGCAGCAGUUACUUUGUACCAGAUCUGGCUAUUGGGGUUUUCUGGACUCUUGAUAUUUCAUCUCUUUUGUUCGUCGGCAUGAUAUUUCUUUCUCAUGAUACAAUCAAAGACAGAUAUAGUUUCCAAGGCAUAUACAUACAAAGCACAACAGCAUAGCAAUGUCCUACACCCAGUUUUGUUCUGUCAAGGAUGGAUAGAAGCUCCUGGAAAAAGUUAAUAGAUUUCUUCUGUUUCCAAGCAACAUUUAUAUGAAUUGAGUAUGAAGAUGCAUUGCAGGUCAAAGCCAGAAAAGGUGGCAGGCCUACCGUCUAUGUUCCACAUUUGUGAUGUUGCAAGAAACCAUGGAUUGUUCUUCUUCCCAAAGGGAAAC